UGGUAAGCAAGUCCGCAACAUCCUCAACAAUCCCCUCAAAAUGGCCGACCAGAAGACCACGCCCACGAACCCUAUGAAGGAGCCCAGAAUUGAUAAGCUGGUUAUCAAUAUCUCAGUCGGUGAAUCUGGUGAUCGUCUUACCAGAGCCUCCAAGGUCCUGGAGCAACUCACCGGUCAAACGCCUGUUACCAGCAAAGCACGCUACACUGUCCGAACUUUCGGUAUCCGAAGGAAUGAGAAAAUCGCCGUACAUGUCACUAUUCGUGGGCCAAAAGCCGAGGAAAUCCUUGAGCGUGGUUUGAAGGUCAAGGAGUACGAGUUGAGACGGAGGAACUUCUCGGCAACUGGUAACUUUGGUUUCGGCAUCCAAGAACACAUCGAUCUUGGUGCCCGAUAUGAUCCUCAGAUUGGUAUCUUUGGUAUGGAUUUCUACGUCGUUAUGGGAAGACCAGGUGCACGUGUUGCAAAGAGGAAGCAGAGGAAGGCUCGGGUGGGAUUCACGCACCGCAUAAAAAAGGAGGACACCAUGGCAUGGUUCAAGCAGAGAUUUGAUGGAAUCAUCCUCAAAUAAACCGUUCGGCGCCUCCCGAUUCCAGUUCUGCAUCUCCUUACUUAUGUUCGGUUCUUAUGAUUGUAUGCCAAUGACAUAUGUAAUACACAACCUAGGACCAAAGCAUAGGAGAGGUACGGCGUCUUGGGAGUUUCAGCGUACUUUUUUGGAUGUACAACUA